ACAUAAAAAAAUAAUAAUAAAAGUUGAGAAAAAGUUCACGGGUUCCCAUUUGCAUUGAUUUCAUCUUCCCCACCCAACCCAACAACUGCCUCACUUCAUCGAUUCAACCUCCAAAUCCUCCAUUUUGGAAAGCUUCAUCAUCAUGUCUCGUGGUUGUAGUUAUUGGAUCCAGAGGCUGUUAAUGGCGGCCUGGUUGUUGAGUUGGAAGAAGUGGCUAUCCGCCAUAGAUAUUGGGGCGGCGGCGGCAGCACCAAAUGUCAAACCGCAAGGCAACAUCUCCAAAGUAGAAGACGCUCAAAACUACCAUAUUUACUAUGGUCAGACUUUCAAAGUCAUUAAGAAUGGCAUUGAUGGCAAGAGUUAUCUUCUCAUCCAGAGUGAUACAAGGAUGGCUGGAAGGACAAAAUAUUGCACACCAAGGAUUAAGUCAUUUGUCAUCCCACUCUCUAACUUUUCAGUCGAUACCACCACCAGUUUUCCAGUUUCCUUUUUUGAGCUAUUGGGCGUAGUGGGAAGCAUGAAAGGGAUGACAUCAAACACGGUGGCCUCAGAAUGUGUACUAAAAAUGGUUGAAGGAGGAGAAAUAAGUUUGAUCAACGCAAGUGAGCCUCAACAGCUCGCACCAUUUGCAGCACAUUUUGUUUCUAACCUUGAUCAUUUUCAAGCUUGCAAUUUCGCUAACUUUGCCGCUACUGGAGAGGACUCUCCUUUACAGAGAGCAGAAUGGAUCAAGUUCUUGGGGGCUUUUGCAAAUUUGGAGAAGAGAGCAAAUCAAGUCUACAAAGCGGUAAAGGACAACUAUUUAUGCUUAAUUAAAGUUCCAGAGGCCAAGGAAAAAGCAUUCAAACCAAUAGUGGCAUGGAUGGAAUACCAGAAUGGCAUAUGGUCUUUCACAAAGGAAUUAUACAAGUUAAAGUAUGUAGAAGAUGCAGGAGGAGAAAAUGUGGACGCCUCCAUUAACAAGAUUACAUACAAUAUCUCCAACCCUGAUGAUAUUGAAGAUUUGCAUGCUAUCCUAUGUACAGUGGAUGUUGUAAUAGAUGAAACAUACAGUUGGGAUGCAAUUGGAUACAAUACCACUACAUUCCUCCAAAACAUAAACAUUGAAGAUCAUUCAUGUUUUGGAUUUCUUACUAACCAAAGCAUCUGGAGAUACGACAAGAGAAUCCAUAAUUUAACUACUCUUGAUUGGUUUGAUGGUGCUGUCUCUCAACCCCAACUGGUAUUAGCUGAUCUUAUUGAGAUUUUGUUCCCUACUGGAAACUACAACACCACUCACUUCAGAAAUCUUGCCAAGGGAGAAGGUGUUGUAAGCAUUGAGCCCAACAUGUGCCAAAGGGAUAUGUCUACACCAUUGGAUCCCACAAUUCUACCUUGCCCAUGAUUUCUUUGUUUUAUAAUCAAUUUUGGUCUCUCUUUUUAAUGGUUCUACUAAUAUAUUUGAUCUGUUGGGUCCUCAAUACGAAAGGCUUAGAUUUAAAUAAAUUAGUGUUUGAAUUAUGACCAGGAAAACAAACAUGAGUUUACCUAUAAAUUUCAUCACUGUUUGGUAUUUUCUUGACACUAA